GGGCAGGGGACUCGGCAGGGAACAUUCCCCCCUGCAGUCAGGUCUGGCCCCGAUGCAGAGCUACGGGCGCUGUGCUGCAGGGAGCCGGGCAGGGAACUCGCCAGGGAACAUUCCCCCCUGCCGUCAGGUCUGGCCCCAAUGCAGAGCUACGGGCGCUGUGCUGCAGGGAGCCGGGCAGGGGACUCGCCAGGGAACAUUCCCCCCUGCCGUCAGGUCUGGCCCCAAUGCAGAGCUACGGGCGCCGUGCUGCAGGGAGCCGGGCAGGGGACUCGCCAGGGAACACUCCCCCCUGCCGUCUGGUCUGGCCCCGAUGCAGAGCUACGGGUGCUGUGCUGCAGGGAGCCGGGCAGGGGACUCGCCAGGGAACACUCCCCCCUGCCGUCAGGUCUGGCCCCGAUGCAGAGCUACGGGUGCUGUGCUGCAGGGAGCCGGGCAGGGGACUCGGCAGGGAACAUUCCCCCCUGCCGUCAGGUCUGGCCCCGAUGCAGAGCUACGGGCGCUGUGCUGCAGGGAGCCGGGCAGGGGACUCGGCAGGGAACAUUCCCCCCUGCCGUCAGCGCUGGCCCCGAUGCAGAGCUACGGGCACUGUGCUGCAGGGAGCCAGGCAGGGGACUCGGCAGGGAACAUUCCCCCCUGCAGUUAGCGCUGGCCCCAGUGCAGAGCUACGGGCGCUGUGCUGCAGGGAAACGGGCAGGGGACUCGGCAGGGAACGUUCCCCCCUGCAGUCAGCGCUGGCCCCAAUGCAGAGCUACGGGCGCUGUGCUGCAGGGAGCCGGGCAAGGGACUCGGCAGGGAACAUUCCCCCCUGCCGUCAGCGCUGGCCCCAGUGCAGAGCUACGGGCGCUGUGCUGCAGGGAGCUGGGCAGGGGACUCGGCAGGGAACAUUCCCCCCUGCAGUCAGGUCUGGUCCCGAUGCAGAGCUACGGGCGCUGUGCUGCAGGGAGCCGGGCAGGGGACUCGGCAGGGAACAUUCCCCCCUGCAGUCAGCGCUGGCCCCAGUGCAGAGCUACGGGCGCUGUGCUGCAGGGAGCCGGGCAGGGGACUCGGCAGGGAACAUUCCCCCCUGCCGUCAGCGCUUGCCCCAAUGCAGAGCUACGAGCACUGUGCUGCAGGGAAACGGGCAGGGGACUCGGCAGGGAACAUUCCCCCCUGCCGUCAGCGCUGGCCCCAGUGCAGAGCUACGAGCACUGUGCUGCAGGGAAACGGGCAGGGGACUCGCCAGGGAACAUUCCCCCCUGCAGUCAGCGCUGGCCUCAGUGCAGAGCUACGAGCAGUGUGCUGCAGGGAAACGGGCAGGGGACUCGCCAGGGAACAUUCCCCCCUGCAGUCAGCGCUGGCCCCAGUGCAGAGCUACGAGCAGUGUGCUGCAGGGAAACGGGCAGGGGACUCGGCAGGGAACAUUCCCCCCUGCAGUCAGGUCUGGCCCCGAUGCAGAGCUACGGGUGCUGUGCUGCAGGGAACAUUCCCCCCUGCAGUCAGCGCUGGCCCCAGUGCGGUUGUAGAGGGCUCUGUCCCACUCAGAUGGCAAAGGCCUGACCGACCAUAUUAAAGAUCCUUGCCACUUGCUGUCUGUCAGAGUUGGAGUGUUAGCUCCUGUGGCCUGGCCAAAUUCAAGCCCAGGUAGUUUAUGUUGAGCUGAGCUAACCCCCUGCAGUUGUUUCAUAGAGGAUCCUCCUUCACCUGCUGUUCUCAUCUAUUUUGCAGCAUUUCUGUGUGGCUGUUACUGGUGCCCAGUUCCGUCCCAGAGGGGACUGCACUUCCAUAUGGGUGGGGUGGUGGGAGAGUGCUUUGGAGCCUCAUAGCUGGCAGGUGCUACAGGAAUGGCAGUGGCUCUGAGCCAGCCUAUUCCCU